UAGCUGUCGGGAACCGGGACCCGGUGUCCGCUCUGUUACCUUCGCCUUUUAACCCGUAGCUACGAUGCGUGAGUGCAUCUCCAUCCACGUCGGCCAGGCUGGUGUCCAGAUCGGCAAUGCCUGCUGGGAACUCUACUGCCUGGAACAUGGCAUCCAGCCUGACGGCCAGAUGCCAAGUGACAAGACCAUUGGGGGAGGAGACGACUCCUUCAACACCUUCUUCAGUGAGACAGGCGCUGGCAAGCACGUGCCCCGGGCAGUGUUCGUAGACCUGGAGCUCACGGUUAUUGAUGAAGUUCGCACUGGUACCCACUGCCAGGUCUUCCACCCUGAGCAGCUCAUCACAGGCAAGGAAGAUGCUGCCAAUAACUAUGCCCGUGGCCCCUACACCAUUGGCAAGGAGAUCAUCGACCUCGUCUUGGACAGAAUUCGCAAGCUGGCCAACCAGUGCACAGGUCUUCAGGGCUUCUUGGUCUUCCACAAACUUCAGCUUCAAUGCCAGCUGAGUCAUUGA